UCCACCCACAUAGAACACAAGCAAGAACAAAAAUUUAAAUAUACAGCAAUGUUUAGCAAAGUAUUCUGGGCCCUAUGUGCGUACAUAUUCGUUUCGAUCGCACACUGCGCAGAGGUGGUGACCACUACGCUUAACUCUCUCGAAGAACGGUCCGUGGCCGUUCUCGACCAGGAGUCAUUCAUCAGGACCGUGAUGCUUGAUGCAGCAACGGAUAUCGGCCGCUACAGCAGCGUGAUGUACUCGGAAAACAUCGAAAUCCCGCAGAAGCUGCUCCAGUUCAUCGUGCAGAUCAACAAGUACGACGUCAGCGCGUUCCCUACAAGCAUAUUCAUCCAAUCGUUUCCCUUCGAAGACUUCGGCACCUUCAUCACCCACUUCCCCUGGAUGACUAGCUAUAUGAGCGCCUGCAGCAUAACCCAGUUCAAGGUCCCCUCCGAGUACGCAGUUUUCACGACCACUGUCGAGGCAGACGUCGCCUCUGUCUUAGCCACUCCUGCCACUCCGACAGACACGUUAUCCAUCGUCCCGUCCACAACCACACCUGCAAUUGCCUCCUCCACCUCCUCCGUAUCUUCUUCUACUUCUUCCUCAUCUUUCUCUUCUUCCCGUGCCAAGAGGUCGUCAAGUGUGUCCGAAUUCACCAAACUCUCCACACUGCUCUCUUCAUCACUUGGACAGAAAUCGAAUUUUAGCUCCAAAGGUACUGUUUCCGUCUCCACCGCCAACUCCUCGGCCGUUCCUUAUCACAUCUCCUCCUCUUCGCACGACGCCGCAGCUACCGUUGUGCCAAGCACCUUGCUGUUAUUCUUCUUCUUCCUACCGCUCCUCAUCUAGAACCUCUCUAGAACCUUGUCAAUCCGUUCCAUCUGUCACAUUAUAUAAGUUUGGUUAGUAAUCUGGCCUUAUUUCGGCGCUUCUAUACACAAAACCACGUACCAACAAUGCAAACUCAGGGUCAAUCAUACGAGAAUGGAGAUGUUUCUUCAAUUCUGUGUCGGUAACGGGCAACACCGUCUGCCCCACAGCCUCCACUGGAACUCUUUCGGUCUCUUUGUUGACAACCUCCACCCCUACAGCAGCUUCACAGAGCUGGAUGCAGUUGUCGAACACAUUCGGAGAAUCUAAUGUUACUUGUAUUUU